AUGAAGGUCGCCUCCACGUUCAUUAUCUUAGCCUCGCUGCUUGGCAGCUCCUUUGCCUCCCCUGCCCCUGUUGUCGUCUCGGACGGCGGCAUGCAGGGCGGCCUCGAGGAGCGCACGACUACGAUCACCGUCAAUGUUCCCGCCGGCUCCAUUGUCGGCACGCAGGAGAUUUGGACCGAGAACUUCAACGGUAUCCCGUACGCCGAGACGGCCCAGCGCCUGCGCAAGCCCGUCCGCCGCAAGGACCCGCUCGUGAACUGGGACGCGACCAAGGCCGCCGCCGCGUGCCCCCAGCAGAUCGCUGACUCGGACGACCCCAACUUCAUCGCUCAGGUCCUCUCCACCGUCUCUGAGACUUCGCUCUUCAAGAAGGCCCUCAAGAUCUCCGAGGACUGUCUCACUGUCAACGUCAUCCGCCCCAAGGGCGUCAAGCAGGGUGACAACCUUCCCGUCCUCUUCUGGAUCUACGGCGGUGGCUUCGAGCUCGGAUGGAGCUCCAUGUACGACGGCUCCCUCCUCGUCAAGUCUGGUCUUGACGUUGGCAAGCCCUUCGUCUUCGUUGCCGUCAACUACCGUGUCGCCGGAUGGGGCUUCAUGCCUGGCAAGCAGGUCAAGGCCGAGGGCAUCGGAAACCUCGGUCUUCUCGACCAGCGCAUGGGUCUCGAGUGGGUUGCGGACAACAUCGCUGCCUUCGGCGGUGACCCCGACAAGGUCACCAUCUGGGGCGAGUCGGCUGGUGCCAUCUCGGUCUUCGACCAGAUGGCCGCCUACGACGGCAACAACCUCUACAACGACAAGCCCCUCUUCCGCGGCGCCAUCAUGAACUCGGGCUCUAUGGUUCCCGUCGACCCCGUCGACGGCUCGCGUGGUCAGCGCACCUACGACGCCGUCGUCAAGAAGGCUGGCUGUGACACCGCCCCGGACUCGCUGCAGUGCCUGCGCGACCUGCCGCUCGACAAGUUCACCGACGCCGCCAACUCCGUCCCCGCCAUUCUCUCGUACCAGUCCGUCUCGCUCGAGUACCUCCCUCGCCCCGACGGUGUCUUCAUGACCGACUCGCCUGACAACCUCGUCUCGAACAAGAAGUAUGCUGCCGUCCCCAUGAUCAUCGGUGACCAGGAGGACGAGGGCACGCUCUUCGCUCUGUUCCAGUCCAACACGUCGGCUACUGUUGAGAGCACGACCGACUACCUGCAGAAGGUCUUCUUCCCCCAGGCUCCCCGCAACUACAUCGAGGACCUCGUCAAAUCCUAUGGCACUGGCAUCGAGGCGCUCAACUACGGCUCGCCCCACCGCACGGGUAUCUUUAACGAAAUCUACCCGGGCUUCAAGCGUCUUGCUGCGCUCCUUGGUGACGCCGUGUUCACGCUGACCCGCCGCAUCUUCCUCGAGAAGUGCACCAGCCUCAACCCCGACGUCCCCGCCUGGUCCUACCUCGCGUCGUACAACUACCUGACCCCCAUCAUGGGCACGUUCCACGGCGCCGACAUCCUCCAGGUCUUCUACGGCAUCCUCCCCAACUACGCCUCGAGGAACAUCCACAACUACUACCUCAACUUCCUCUACAACCUUGACCCGAACAACGCCUCGGGCGGCGACGGCUCGAACCGCUCCAAGGUCAAGGAGAACUGGCCCCGCUGGGACUCCAACUCGAGGCAGCUCAUCAACUUCUACGCCAUGUACUUCAAGCAGAUCACCGACGACUUCCGCGAGCGCUCCGCCGCGGUCCUCCGCACCGCCUACGGUGCCCUCGGCCUCCGCCUCUAA